UUUAGUUUAUACCUCUCAAGUGGUUGGUUUUAUUACGCUCAGCUAUAUUUUUAUUUUCAAAUGGGUAAAAAUAAAAAACUUUUUCGAAAACCAGCUCAGCCAUCUCCUUCUGUUUCGUCGACGCGCGGAAUUAUUCGGUCACUGUUUGAACAAGCAGAAAGGCAUUCAGUCACUAAUCCAUCUGAGCGCUCUUCUGAAGAAUCUGUCAAUAAAAUUGUCACCCUGCUUGACUCUAUUUUCCGAGAGGCACUGAAAGAUCCUAGCAAUGACAACAUCCAACGAUAUGCCAUAAGAUCUGUUUUGUCUAUUCAAACAUCUACUAAGUUUACUCCUGCUAUCUGCAAAAAAAUCGUUUCAAUAUUUUUCAUCUUUUUACUUGAUGAAUUUCAACGUCAUUGGAAUGAAUAUGAUAUUGAUGCCGAAGAUGUUCAUCCAGAUAUUAGAAAUAAAUUAGUUGUUGAUCAAAAAAAUCCAUAUGGCCCUUGCUCCUGGCAUAUUGAAGAUAUUAGUCACGCUGAAUAUUUGGCUAGAGAACGAGCUCUUACUUACAUGUCUUCCACGAUAUAAAUGGGUAAUUAGCUGGUAAUCACAUGUCAAAGUGAAGGAAUAUAUUGGUGAUAAUGCUCAGCAGCUACAUAGACAGAAUAAAUAUAUUUUUCU